AUGUUGGGUAAUUUACUGAGAAAUAAGACGAGUUCGUCUGGUUUUGAGAAGAGCUCAGAGCAUUCCGAUUUUUCCUCCGUAGUUCCCAAUGUCCCUGUAUACUGCAAAGCGGCAAGCACAGGAACUACUAAGACCGCUGCUGGAGCUCUUUUAGAUACUGCAGUCAAUGUGGAAAAGCCUUCGGAAAUGCUAUCAACGACUUCUCCGCCCAUUUUAGAUCAUAUAUCGGAUGACUUAAAACUGAAGCUUUUCGGCUCGAGGGAUAUUCCUUAUAGUCGUCCUAUCGAUACGUUACAAAACAACGGAGGUCUUGGUACUGAUAAAAUCACGUCUAUUAACGAAAAAACGUAUGCAUUCAGGAUUUUGAUCAUUGAGGAAGCGGGUCAAAUGGCGUGUAGGAACAACUACCGUGAUAUCUUCGAUUACACUACGUCAAAGAUUUCAAAUUCGAUGGAGCAGAUACGGCCGAGUGAAUUGAAGGAAUAUAUAUUUGGUUCUCCCGUAAGAUCUUCCGAUUUGACGCAGUGCGACAAGAUAAGGACGAUUCCUAACUCGGAUUUGGUACUCAUAACUAGAAUUUUCUAUUACACACACCAAUACAACCGCAUCGCAAUUAGCUUAUGCAUACCGAGGAUAUUGUUGCCCGUAGUUGCAGAGUCGUGGUCUUCCAUUUCAUCAUGGUUGACCCAGACUCAAAAAAUGCUCAUUGGUUUCUUGACUAAAAACCGUAUUAUGCAAGAAAAUACUGGCAAUUACAGCAAUAAUUCAGUCAUAAAAUUGUCAAAUAUUGACAUCAGGACGCAUUAUCCCAAGGAAAUUGAAAUAAUGGUGCAAACUUUACAAAAAAGAGUCAUACCAGGUUUACGUUCUAUGUCUGAGAUUCCUAGGCUUUUCCUUUACCCUGAGACAUUUAAAGAAUUCGUUCACGUUUGGUUCAAAAGUAUAUUUAAUUGGAUUGAAAUCAAAGAUGGACCGAAACUAGGCUUCCUUCCUCUCCUAAUGGCAAUGAUUAUAUCUGAUUACAGGCACACUAUAAGAGAACUAAAGACAUCCAAGAUCGUAAUCCUGUCAGGAAACAUGGUGGUUGCUAACAAGUUACUGUUCAUCUUAUCGGCUUUAUUGGAGCCAAAGUACAAGGGACAAAUAACGAUACGGCGGGAAAACAUAAGAUCGGAUUCGUCCGCUGUAUCAAGAAAUAAGUCUAACAAUAAUUUUGUCGAUAAGCCUGAGACGGAAUUGAGCACACUGACUUCAACAGACAACCUUUUGAGUCGCACAGAAAAUAAUAGCAAUCAUAAUUACAACAACAGUAAUGUGAGCUCUAACAGCAUUGGAUCACCCAAUUUCCAUUCUUUGAGGAAAGGAUGGCAAAUACCCAAUCGGAGGAACUCGAACACUUCAGUAUCUGUGUCUUCUAGUGAGUCUUUAGCGGAAGUUAUUCAGCCAUCUUCCUUCAAAAGUGGGAGUAGUUCAUUGCAUUAUCUAUCGUCUUCUAUCUCAAGCCAACCUGGUUCGUACGGUUCUUGGUUCAACAAAAGGCCAACAAUUUCUCAGUUCUUUCAACCAAGCCCUUCUUUAAAACACAACGAGUCGUGGGAGAGGCUGCAAACAACUGCUGGAAAUAUGCAAAGGACUUCAAGUUCGUCUUCUUUGCAGCAAGCAACCUCCAGGUUAUCACUAACCACUCCGCAACAAUCACCGUCUAUCAGCGAAUAUGAUGAGUAUCCUUGGAUGGGCACACCUGGCUCUCCUAAUGUUGGAGAUGUGUCUCACGCACCCCCAUUGGUUAAGAAUAUAUCAUAUAAAUUUCCACUAAAGAACGUUGAGUUGAAAAGAGAUUGCCAAAGGAUCUCUCAGGAUGAUCUUUUGGAUGAGGCUUUUGAAAGAAUAUGUCAGCCCUCUUUGGCUGACCUUAAUUCCACUUACGAAAUUUUUCCAGGUAACUCUUCUUAUGCGGAUAUUUUGACUACUGAUUCUGAUAUUGAUGAUGGCUUGAUGAAUAAACCUCUGGAACUAUUGCCGAAAUAUACAAUGUAUUUAACCCAUUUUAACAAUUUUUUCCAGUUGCAAGCAUGUCCUGCUGGUCAAGAAUCAGAGAGCAGAAUAACAAAUUCUAUGAAGAUUGACCUGUUAAAGGCGGAUUACACAAGAAGUCUAUUAGUAUCGUUACGUUCAAGGGACAUUAGGGAUGUCGCAUUGAAAAGAGAGUUUACUGGCAAUAACAACAAUAACAGCAACCAGAAUAUCUAUGAUGAGAAUUUUGUCGGAAAAAGGAAGUACGUGUUGAAACAGAAGACCAGAAAAAUCUUUUCCUGUGGCAAGAUUGGCAAGCUAAGUACUAGUUUGGAAAACUGCGUUAAUUUUGUUGAAAAUAGUAUAAAGAGUGCAAUGAUGUUAUAUGAUGAUAAUGGAAUAGAUAGUGAGCUUCGCGAUUCAGAAGCUUUACGGAUUUUUUCAUCUCUUGUUCAUUAUUGUAAUGCAGGUUAA